CUUCUUAGCAGUUUGCAGCGAUACGAUUGAAUUUAAUCUAAAAUGAAGGUGUUAUUCGCUAUUUUGCUGGUGGGAGUUUGCGCCAAUGCCUUGCCCCAGGCGUUAUUUGAAAAUGAAUUUAGUACCAGAGAAGAGCGCAUUGUUACCAAUCAAAUAAAAAGAGCAAUUGAACAGUUGAGGCGAGACAUCAAGGCUGCUGGACUCGAUCCUUUGCUGAUCGAAAAAUACGAAGGAUCUACUUCUCCUGUACCAAUUCUUGUCACAAUUGCUGGUAAGAUUGAAAACCUGGAGUUCACCGGCCUCAGCAACAUCGCCAUUAACGACUUGGAUUACAGUACCCUCCGCAACAGACUUCGAUUUGACAUCUCUCUCCCUCAACUCAGUCUGUCUAUUGGAAAUUCUGAAGUCAGGGCUAACGUUUUUGGAAAUCGUUACAAUGGUCGAUUGAGCGGCAAUUUGGGAAUCACUCAAAUCCGUGUGUCGGGCGAGGUACGCGUCAACGUGGGAAUCAUCUCCGGUGUCAGUAUUCGCAGUGUUGAUGCGAAGUUCAGAAUACAAAACAUUAAGUCUGCGUUAGCUGUUCUUUUCCAAGGUGAAGAUUACUCUGACACCGUGAAUGCGCUACUUAAUGAGACGGUCCCACAACUCCUUGAUACUUACAAAGAAGAAAUAGACAAGUACCUGUCAGAUUUAAUCAAGGAAGUCGGUAACGACGCUCUGGGCAGAACGAUCAUGAUCGAAAAUGAAGACAUGAUUCUGUAACUUUGUAAUUUUAGUAUUAAACGUAUAUUUAAAUUUAAAUAUUUUACGCUAGAUUGUUAUUAUAAUAAUUGUUUAAAUAUGAACACAUUUUAUUUUAUUAAAAUACUUUACAUAAUGUGCUGUCACAUCCAUAUGGUCAAUACUUUACAUCGAAACCUAACCGUUUACUUGUAAGUUUAGUGAUAAAUAUGUUUUUGUAUGUUUGUGUAUGUUUAUAAAUAAGACUUUUUAAAAGGUUAU